CCCGGGGCAACGCCAACCUUUCGUUCCUCCAUCAACCACUAAGCUCUCUUAACAUCGUCCCGUUCGAUGAAUAGAAUUUCGAAUUACUAGUCAUUUUGUGAUUCCUCUCAGUAUCUUGAGCCCAUUCAUUUGUAUCAAUCAUAUCACAACCAUGCCGGUCGACACCGUCCAGGAUGAACAACACGACAAGGCGUGGGAGAAGGCUGAGCGGAAAUUCUCACAUAAAACUGCUAGUGAAUACUACGAUCCUUGCCAGGACUUCGCUGACCGGAGUCUAAAAUGUAUGAAACGCAAUGGCUUUGAUCGCGAGAUGUGCGGUGACUAUUUUCAAGCCUAUCGGGACUGUAAGAAGAACUGGCUUAACCAGAAGAAGGCAGCUCCUCAGUCAAAAUAAUGAGGCCAUUGAGCUUCGGGAAUGUUUGAUAUUGGCCUGAAUCACGGCCAUCUCUGGGUCUUCAUGGCGCUUGCUCAGCAUUCGUGUAGCUCACGCACAUCGCUGCCUUUACUCGGCUCUUUUGCUUGACUAUCAGCCUCUCCGAGGCGCUUCGGCAGCCAGGUAUCCCGUCCAGAUCUGAAAUGGCCGAAUUCUGUUACAACAUCGCGCGCAUUCGUUUAUACCUUUUUUUGGCCCUGAGCACUGGGCUCAAAGUUUUAUGGCGCAUUGGUCUUAUUUGUCAACCCUCGAUAGCAAUCUGAGGCUGUAUACUAUCCCACUCUGUUUACUUCUCAUCUCUUAAAGCCUGCAUUCUUCGUGGAGAGGGCCACCCACUGGUAUCUCUUCCAAAUUUUUACUCGGUUUUCUCUAGAAAAAAUUUGAUUCGGAAAAGUUAUGUGUUUGAGAGCUGUUCUCAUAAUCUACCAAAUCAUGGAGUGGCCUUUUGAAUGGGACA